AAAAUGUUGGCAGACUUGGGGGAAGCUGAUUGAGUUCAUUGAGUCAUCUGGCAACUCUGAAUCUAUGACGAAAGUGAAAUUUUCCGUACAUUCUUUGUAGCUGAAAUUAAUAACUUCGAUAAAAGACUAUGAUGGCUAAUAAAGGAUGGAGAGUCGUGCAGGCUCACAUACCUAUGAUUAAAUUUCGUAAGGGUGAUAUUGAAAGAGCUGUGAGAGACGUAAUCGCGACUAAUCAGUCAACUGGUCCAGCAUCGUCGCCACUGAAAACGACAAGCAGGGCGUCGGGGCCCGGAGUUGUGACCAGACCAGUUAUUGAAGAUUUCCAACUACCGGCGAGAUAUCAGAGGCGUCCACUGGAUAUUAAAGAAAUCGAAUGUAUCAACGUGGGUGGAUUGAAAUUCCGAUUCUAUUCCAUGCUAAGUUUUAUUUGUUACGGGGAUAUCAGGCCUCCAUGAGCGUGGUGGACCCGAAUAAUAAUAUUCCAGGUGCACCAAAAGCUUUCGAAUUCACAACAAAUCGUCUCAUAGUAUAUAAUCGGAAUUUUACAGGUUUCCGUAUUUAACAAUGUAAAUUAUUAAACUCUUGUACAUAUAUGUAAGGUCGCAAUUGCUUGACAUUAAAGUAGAAAUAAAACUUCUCUUAUAGAA